CACUAGUUACUUAACCGACUAAACAGACACUUCUCCCGCCGAUAUGCACCCCCUAACUUUCAGCGUCGAACUAGAAGCCGUAUACUUCUUCAGCCUUCGCCCUAUCGACAUCUACAAUGAUCCACGCCUAGCCCCCGUGGUUGACAUGUCGCCCCAAGGGAACCCGGGUUUUACAAUACAUAAUUACAACCGCUGGGAUGAUAUGAAAGCCGAGAUGAUACGCCGCGUAUCGUUCGCGAUCAAAAACUGUCUUUCCGAACUCCCCCAAUCCUGCCGUGGCGAGGUUGUCUCCCUAGAAGGUGAUCCCGUAUCAAGUCAGUACCAAGAAUGGAGGGUCGAAUCCGGCAAGGCCACCGUAAAGCGAGACUCUAGACCCCGGCCAGAAUACGAGGGUCUUUGGGAGAUCGAUCUAGAGGUCCAGUCACCGCUGAUGUAUGCCACCGAAGUCAGCUUCGAAGAAGUCGAGGCUGUCACCAACAUGUUACGUGCUACUUUUCGAGCUGCAGUCCCGCCAUAUUGUGGAAUGCGCGUAUUCGUCGGCGCAGGAUCCAACUCAGUCCCCUUGCCAACUUUUAUAAAAAUAGCUGCCAUUUGCUGGGCUAGUGACCGGAUCCUACAGAAAAUGCAUCCUAUUUCGCGCCACUACGACAGAUGGCGCAAAGGUCCGCGCGAAACGGCUCGAGUCGAUCAAGGAGAAGAGGCGGAACAGGCAGAAGCUAGACCUGGUGAAAAGCAAAAUAUCCCCAUACAAGAGUAUAUCAAUAAAGCGCGGCCGAAAAGACUCUUAACUGAGUUCAAGCGCACGUUGCCGCGUAGCAGACUUAAUAUUAUCCUCUCCCAAGAACGAAAUAUAUACUUCAAUACAUACGAAGUUCACCGUCCCGAUCAGCCAUUGGAGCCUAUUACCCGUCCCGAUAUCCUGCAAGGCGCCAUACAACUCUUCAGCUGUCGCAGUCACGGCGCAGUCGCGAACCUAAUAAAUACCAACUCGCUCGGCGCAUACAACUUCAACCACUACAGCGACGAAGAGACAGAAGAGAAAGAUACCAAGGCAACAGUUGAAUUCUGCACGGCAGCCGGUUCGCUAGACGGCCACUGGGUAUCAACGCAUGCCCGAAUCUGUACUGGCAUCGCACAAUUUGUCGCCAGCGCCCCGGAGGAGAAUGUGUGGCGGAUGAUUUACGAGUGCCACGGCGCGGAGAUCGACAAGACCGGGUACGACGUUAUCGAUCUCCUAUUAGAUCUCGGCUUGGCGAAGGAGGCUGAAACCGUGCAGUACAGGUUAAAGAUGGGCAGCUAUUUUAGGGAGACGCUCCGAUCAUUCUUGACGAGUGAGGCUAUAACUUACGAAGACGGUGUCGCAGACGGAAACCAUGAAACAGACCAAGCCAUGCGUUCGGGGCGGGCGCAUUGAACGUACAUAUAUGUUCAGUUUUGGCAUUUUUGAUACUUUAGUGUCGAACACCAAUUGUUUGGAUAAAUAUGGAUCAAUAGAUUCGUACAUGAUAUUUAGAGGAGAACAAAUGCUCCUACAUAAUGCUAACAUUCAUGCCCAGGAAUAGGAUAAUAAAAGAAUCUCCUUCCCACGGAGAUCUUUCUCUUUUAACGUUAGCAGCAGUAAGAACGGGGUCGCACAAGAGAUUUACUAUGUACGCUUCGUAUGUCUCCGCGAAUUACGAAGUAAUAUAACCCGUGCUGGGCGACUAAGCCAUGGAGAGAAAAGGAGAUAUUUUACGACGUCGUUAAUAAUAACCAGCAUGUAGGAUUUGGGGCUGGGGUCGUAUCCCGCACGUGCAAGCCAAGU